GCUUUCUGCUCAGCUGAUUGCUGUUCAAGAUGGUUACCUUAUCAUGUACUGUAAUAAUUUUCCUUAAUCCAGCACAUUGUACGGUUAGUGAUGAAUGCUAUCACUAUGAAACUGGAAAACAGACAACUUUCAAUACAGGCAUCCCGAGAAAAGAGCAGAGAAUCUGUUGUUGGAAAAAAAUGUAAACAUAACAGAAAAAAAUCAUUACCAGCUAACAUUGACAAAGACGCCUUGCAAAGUAGUCAUGGCCUGGGACGUAAAUCCGCUGAAACCGUCUUAGAUUGCAACGAUUAUAAUUCAAAUUAUGCAGUAGAUUUGAAUUUAACGAAAAAAGUGCGUACGAAAAAAGUGUCUUUGAAAUCUAAUGAUAAAAUGCUUACAGAAUCAGAAAAGAUGCAAAAUCGUUUGCAGCAGUAUUUAAGCAAUGAAGUAAAAGAAAAAGUUUCUUCUAUUUUAAAUGAAAUUAGGGCUUUAUCUGAUGUGGAGAAAUUGUACCUGUACUUGCAAUUACCUACUGGUUCAACAUUUGAAGCAGAUCCUUUAAAACAAAAAAGUCAAAAUCCAUUGGGUAAAAAAGCUGAUGAAGAAGGUUUGACAGCUGUGACUUGGAUCCAGAGUCAUCUGGAGGAAGAUCCCGAUGUUUCUCUUCCUAAGCAGGAGGUGUAUGAAGAAUAUCAGUUAUUCUGUCGUCACAGUAACACUGAUCCUCUGUGUGCAGCUGAUUUUGGAAAAGUAAUGAAGCAGAUUUUUCCAUCUGUUAAACCACGUAGACUGGGUACAAGGGGAAAUUCAAGGUACUGCUACAGUGGUUUAAGGAAAAAGGUAGAUGUAAAGCCACCUAAAUUGCCAGAUUUGAAUUCAGAUAACUGUGAUACUUCUGAAGAAAAGGGCAUUACUGAAAUAACUGCUGCAGCUUGUCACCUUAUUUUUGAAUGGGCUGAAAAAUUGUUAGGAAUCAAAUUCACAUCUUUGAAAGAAUUAGCUGCAUAUCUCCUGGAAAAUAUGUGUGUGGAUAAUCGAUCUGUUGCGGCUUUUAAAAUCUUGUUAGAUUCUUCUCCUCAGCUUUUAGAAAAAGGUUUAUCAAAUUGUGAAGGGGUAGUAAAGAAGAGUGAAGCUCAGAUUCAUUUGCAACGCAAAAUUCAGGAAAAAGAAUUAAUCAAAGAGCAAAAAAAGAAAUUACAGGAGCAUCGAAGCAAUUUAGUUGGCUUAAGUAAAGGCAAAAGCUCUGCCUUGAAGAAAAAAGGCCUAAAAUCAAAGAAAACAAGAUUAAUGUCAUUACCUGCAGACUUGCCAAAUUUUUCCUUACACUUCCACAACACCACUUUCCCACUUCGACAACACUUCACCAGAUAUGUUUCCAUGUGUCUUUUCCAGCCAAGCUCAUGUCUACAACUGAUGUACACUGCGAGGAGCACGUGCAGAUGUACUACUUUCCAGAUACCAGCAGCACCUCUCUCGGCUGAUCUUAAUUCAUUUUUAUUUUUUAAGGAUAAAGAAUCUUCAGAUAUUCUUGUAAAAAGCCAAGAUGAAAAUGCUAGUGAAAACAUUUUAAAUCAACAAAGAAAAACCCUUGAAACUCAGAUUAAAGAAGAAGAUUGUGAUAUUGAAACAUUAAUAUCACAUGAAAAUUCUUUAAAACAUAAUUUAGACUCUGCUGCUAUUUGUUCAUCACCCAGCAAGAAUACAAGCCCUGCUGGGCGUUUAGAAAUUGAAGAUGGAAUUAAGAAUAAAAACAAAAUACUGAUUUCUCAAAGUAAAACACCAGUGUGCAUAGCACAGAAUCUUCCUGGAAUAAUUAUUGUUCCAUCUUUAUCACAACUUACUGAUAUUGGUAAACAAAAUGUAGCUGCUCCAAAAUAUAAACGAAUUCAGCCCAAACCACUGAGAGGUGAGAGUUUCUCUACUGUUGCUAGAUCAAGAGCAGGAUCAGUAGGUUCAACUACAUUAAUUAAACCUAAAAGCAAAACAAAUGAUGGGAGACGAAGUUCACAUGCACGCCUUCAAUCAGAUUGCAGUGAAGAAAGCAAUGAAGAUAAUUCUCCCAAAACUAAUAGUACAACGUCUAAUGUGAAGAUCGUUUCUUUAAAACCUUCUCCUAAAAUAAAUAGUUCAAAAAAGAGCAAUUUUAUUACACCUCAGGAUAUUGUUUCCGAAAAGCCCAAAGAUUGUGUAUCAGAUUUCAGUGCUCAGGUUUCUGCUGAUCCUAAAAUUUUGCCUGAAAAUUCUCUUGAAGACAAAACCAAUCAAAAUAUAGAGCUUAUAUUUAAAUCUGUAGAAUCUGAAAAGUAUGUAGAUAUUAUUAGAGUUUCUUCUGAAGAAAACAAUGCUAUGAAAAGGCAUCUAUCUGAGAAUAAUUAUUAUAAAGAUAGCAAAAGACCACAUUUAGAUAUUUCCAUAACAGAUGCUGUUUCUGAAUCUGCAUCAUUGAAUAAAAGUGCAUCAAAUUUGAUGCAGCAGAGUCAAACAAAUCAAAUUCCUGUCUUCAGUAGUGAAGUUUGUGUACAUGAAAUUGAAGGGGAUGCUUUGAAUGAUUACUUUCGUGGUGCUAAUUCCAGUGUUUCUAUUGUUACUCCCCUUCAAGAAGAAAGGAACAAAAAAUUAGAAGUAGAUAAUGGGCAGCUGUCUUGUAACAAUAAGGUCAAACAGUUAUCUCAGCUUCGAAUGCUUCUUGAACAAAAUCUUCCACGUGCAAUAUCGAAAACUCCAACAGUUAAUAGCUUGCAGAAUCAGCUUGUUUCUAAUACUUCAUCUCUAGUUUUAUGUGAUAGUGUUUUAUUGCCUCAGACUGUAAAAACAUCUGAUAUAACUGCAAAAGCACCAUUUUCCAAUAGAAUUCAAGAAGAAAAUAAAUCCAUAAAUAGCAUUUUUAAUGGCCAAAUAAACAGUGUAAAUUCUGAAACUUUUCAAUCUGUUCAAAAUUCCAGUCAAAUAGAAUCAAUAGAGAAACUUUUCUCUGCAGGAGAAUCAAUAGUUAAUGGAAAUAUUCCUGAGCAUAAUGAAAUUCUUUCAGAUCCUAAUUUUUUUUUCAACUCUGCAAAAAAUAAUGCUAAUGAAAUAGAUAUAAAUAUACAAGCUGGGUUUUCAGAUUUAAAUCAAGAUUCUGAAACAAAUGGUAUUCUAUUACCAUCUAACGAAAUAUCGGACAUAGAAACAAUACAUCAGAUAAGCAAUACAUUGCAUUCUUCUCGAGUAAGUACUUACACACAAGUCCCUUCAGUUCCACAGAGUCCAAAUACCAGAAGACGGGCUUUUAACUUUACGCCAAUAUCUCCAAGACAUACUCCCAUUCCCGAUGGCAUUAAUGUUAGUGGAACAUCUGCCUUGUCAUCUCCUGUACCAAAUCAGUAUCCACGAAACAUGAUGUCUACUGCUGUGGGUCCAUCUCAACCACCUAGUAAUGCUGGUAGUCCAUUUGUGUCUCCUAGAUCAACACCAGUACAUUUUUGUCGUUCAAGACAUAGUUCUGGUCAGAGUACGUAUAGUACAUCUCGACAUACUCCUUUCCAGAACUUUGAUUCUGGAGUAUCUUCUGUAUCAACCUCUCCUUUUAUUUCCCCUCAGACAACUCCAGUACCUGUUAGUAGAUUACGACAUAAUUCAAGUCAUGGUUUAAGCAAAACUGUAACAUUUUGUUCUGUUAAUAGCCCUCAAGUAAUUAAUUCUCAAAUAUCUACGAGUACUAUUGGACACUUGCGUUCUAGGCACAGUUCUGGUCCUGGUGGCCCACAUAUUACAGGAAAUGUAUGUUUUUCAAGGAGUGCUCCAUUGUCACCUUUAGUCAGUGAACAUUGCCUUCCAUCAACUUUUGUGUUUCCUUCAGGAAAUGAAGUAAGAUCUCGCCAUAAUUCAGGCUCAAAUACUACUCCAUUGUCUCCAGUCUCUGAGCAAGCAUCUUCUUCGAGUAGCUGCACAAGCAAUCUCCCAGAUCUUUCUAGUGUUAAUGAAGGUACAUCAAUGUCUCAUUCCUUUUUAAAUGAUGGGGCUGGUGAUUUACUUAUCAGUGCAAAUCCAGCAACUUUCAAGCAAGCUCGCCAAAGACAUGCAUCAAGUUCUGUUAUUUACAGUAAACCACCCUUAGCAUUAAAAGAUACCUUUUCACGAGAAAUUCAGAAUUUGUUAAAAAACAGCCAGGCUAAUGGUGCUUCUGAUAUUCUACUUAGCAAUAGGAGUCAGUCUGUGCCGUUACAUCAGAUGAUUGAGUAUUGUUUCCUGUCACCUCCAGUGGAAGAUGCGUGUCCCAAAUCGCAUCCAACCACUCCUGUAAUAAAUCAGAUGUUUUCAUUCCCUCUUUUGAGUUCCAGUCAAGAGACUUCAGAUAUAUCUUUAGCUACUGAUAUCCAGAAUCGUGAUAAAACCCUUGUUCAAGCUAAUCAGAUGGAAUGGGCUGGUCUUGAAGCUACUGGAGAUUUGGAAAUGAGCAAUGCAAGACGUAACAUAACAACACUUUUGGAUCCACCACUUGGUGAUGAUUUACAGACAACACUGGAAGAUCUGAGAGAUUGUGAUACAGACUUUUCGAAAUUUGCCCAAGAGCUGGAGUUAAGUCAGAAUGAUGAAGGCAGCCUGUAACAUCAGAAAAUUAUCUUACUGUACAUUUUCCCUUUUAGAUAGUUGAACUCAUGUUGUAGAUUUUUAUGUUUAUCUAUUUUUAGAUUUAUCUUCCUCUGUACAGUUAGUCUUUAAUCUCAUACUCUUAAAUGCUCUACAUUUAUUGCUCUUAGUUGUGCUCAUGAAUAUAUUUUUGUAAACGUAUAUAUUAUAAAACUCCAUUAUUUGCCUUUAUUACAAAAUGGGAAUACUAUAUCCCUUUCUUCUUUCUAAUCAUGUAUACAAUUCAAUUUGUAGAUAGCAAAUUUUAUAUCUUAAUCUGCCUUUUUUUUUCCUCUUUUGUUCUUUGCACAAAUAUUAUAGUUCAUGCACUGAAAAUAUUAUAUUAAUAGGCCUCUUUCUCUUAUUAUAGAAAGUCUUAAUUUCUAAAAAAUAUUUUCUAAGUUAUAGUAAUGAAUAUUAAAGCUUUUCUGAUUGAGCUUAAAAUGAUAUAAAAGGAAGUUUAUUCCUUUAUUUUUUAUGCGUAACAAUGAUUAGACCUGUAUCUGUUUUUGCUUUUGUUAUUUUAUUUUGAGAAAGUACAGCUACUGAUUUUGAAAUCUGUGAUUUUUUUAUUACAGAUGUUUUAUUACUAUAAAUAUUUUUCUAUUUGUAUCUUAGUAUAGAAGUAGUUUGAUUUUAAUUUAAGAGGGAUGGAUAAUUAGCUUGCUGUGUUAAAGAAUGGUGAUUCUUUUAAUAUUCUGCUUCCAAUUAUUUUUAUUUAAUCAUUGUUAUGGAAAAAGAGAGUUUAAGGAAACAGUGUAUUUCUGCGUUUAACAAAAUAGUGCUUAUUAAAAAUGGUUUAAUCCCAAUAAAUAACAGCAUAUGUUUAAAUGAAAGUAUUAUAGAUAAUAAUUCAUAUCUGUACAUUAUAUUCAGUACUUCAAGGCUAAUUUUUAAUUCCAGUACUGUCAAUGUAGUUCAUCAAAAAAGUUUAUACAAAGUACACAUCGGAAAAUGUAGUGAUCUGGUUACUUUAUUAAGUAUAAAACAAUAAUAUGUAGUUUUGUAUUUCUAAAUGGGUAUCUUUUAAUAGUGAAAGAAAAUUCUGACUGUUAAAAAUAUGCACAAAAUUUAUUAUUUUCCUAGAAUUGUAUAAGCUACAAUAUUUGUUUUUUCUUGGAAGAAACAAAAUUUAAAAAACUAGAAUUUAAGGG